UGUCAGUUUCGGAACUUGUUGGCUGGAAGCUUCAAGAAGUCCCUCUAAUUCGGCAGUAUGGCCGCGACUGGUUCGACGUGUCGGCACACUUGCCAGGAAAUUGUUGUAUGGAUGUUUUUAGCAUCGACUGUGUUGAUGUGCAUUUUAAAUAUAGCUGAUAUAUGUGUGGCAGACGACACUUUCGGCGAGAAACACGAACGAUUUCCACCUACAGUGUCGAUAGCGGUGCUUGUUCGUAACAAAGCUCACACUCUACCGUGGUUUCUGGGGCAGUUAGAAAAACUGGAUUAUCCGAAGCAUCGGAUUAAUUUGUGGUUUCGUAGUGAUCACAACAUAGACAAUUCUUCUGCCAUGCUACUGGAAUGGAUACCUGCAGUUGAACCACUGUAUCAUCGAAUUGACGUUAAAGUUGAUAACACUACCGAAAGAUACCGAAAUGAGAAGUCCAACUGCGACUGGACAGAAGAGAGAUUUGAUAACGUCAUACAACUGAGACAGGAAGCUCUUGAUGAUGCUCGGAAUGUGUGGGCUGACUAUCUUUUUAUGCUGGAUGCGGAUGUGAUGUUGGAGAACAACCAGACACUGCAACUGCUGAUGGCCCAGGACAGAACAGUGAUCGGCCCGAUGCUGAACACCAGCGUGGACGGCAUCUACUCCAACUUCUGGGCAGGGAUGACUAAAGAUGGUUUUUAUAAAAGAACACCAGAGUACAUUCCGGUGGUUGACCGAGAGAAGCUUGGAGUGUUUCCUGUACCCAUGGUGCACUCUGCUGUGUUGGUUGACCUCCGUCAGAAGGUGACAGAACAGUUCUCAUACUCAAAACCUCCGGAAGAUUACAACGGCCCCACUGAUGACAUCAUUAUAUUCGCACACACUGUCAAACAUGCAGGUGUUAGUUUCCAUGUGAUGAACUCUGAAUACUUCGGGACCGUGCAGGUUCCGCUGGAUGAGUCGUACUCCCUGCAGUUUGAGAUGGACCAGUUUACACACACAAAACUGGAGGCCAUGGUGGAAGGUUCCCCCCUGUAUCACUCGCCCCACGUCUCCUUACCUGUCAUACCUGCGGACAUGCUGGGCUUUGACCAGGUGUAUGUGAUCAAUUUACGUCGACGUCCUGAACGGAGGGAAAGAAUGAUAGCGACGCUAUAUGAGCUCGGGAUCAAAGCCAAGUUCGUGGAUGCAGUUGAUGGAAAGCUUCUCAAUGAUACCUACAUGGACAGUUUGGGUAUAGAUAUGUUGCCAGGAUACGCUGACCCAUACUCUCACAGAGCGCUGACACUUGGAGAGAUUGGAUGUUUUCUGAGUCACUAUUUCAUCUGGGUUGAGAUGAUGGAGAAGGGUUAUGAACGCAUCCUCGUCUUCGAGGACGAUGUCAGGUUCGAGGCAUAUUUCGGAAAGAAGUUUAAAUACAUGCUGAAAGAAGCACAGGCCCACGUACCCAACUGGGAACUCAUCUACCUUGGACGGAAGAUCUUGCAGAGCCGACUAGAGUUCCUGGUGAAGGGCACAGAGAAUCUGGUGUGGCCUAGCUACUCCUACUGGACACUCAGCUACAUACUCCAGAGGUCAGGCACAAAGAAGCUGCUUGACCAGAAACCCCUUGGCAAGAUGAUCCCGGUUGAUGAGUUCUUGCCCAUCAUGUUCGACAAGCAUCCAGAGACUGACUGGCUCCUGCAGUUUGAACCAAGGAACCUCGUGGGACUGUCCGCCGACCCACUGCUCGUCUUCCCCACCCACUACACCGGCGAGACGAACUACAUCAGCGACACUGAAGUGUCCAGCAUCAUCACCACUGAAGAUAUAGAAGAUGAACCUAAAGUGGACCCUCUCCCAACCAUUGAGGAAACGGCUAAAUGUAAAUCUCCUGAAUGUAUACACGAUGAGUUGUGAUGAAAACAGUAUAGGAAAGUCACUCCUUUAAGUAAUGAUGACUGGUAUUGUAAUGAUGAACCAAAACUGAUCCAAA